UUCUCACUGCAGGAGGUUCUCAUUCCGACUGGACUGCCUUCCAGUGUACGUGGAGAAUGUUCUCAAAGGGAAUCAAACAAGUUUGGUGACUUUUUUGUUUUUGUUUUGGCUGUGCACAUGUAUGUUUUCUUUUCUUUGACGCACUCAAUCACUUUUCCCACUCUUGGCACGUGUGCGUGUUCGUUUGCAAGCGGGACCAGCAAUAAAGUGAUGGGCUGUUGAUGGAGAGCAUUUCGAAUGUCAGCCGGGACAGUGGUCAUCGCAGGUGGAAUUUUGGCUGCCGUCAUCUUACUCACCAUUGUCGCUGUGCUGUGUUUAUGUAGAUUGCAGUAUUACUGCUGUAAGAGGGAGGAGUCCGUGAAAGGGGAGGAGGAGGAACCAGAGCUGUCCACCAUGUCUCCUUCGCACCCCCUGGCUCUGUCAGCUCCCCCGACGCCGCCCACCCCGGAGCGUUACAGUGACCAACCAGAGACAUACCCGCCUACCUUCCUGACCGAGGCCAACGGGCCCGCCAGCUUCACGCCGCCGCCGCCGCUGCGUCGGUGCCAGCGGGCGCACGGCUUCUGCCCGGCGUGCGCCCGCUGCACGCUGCCCUUCUACCUGCACCACCCGGAGCAUCUCUGCAACGGAGGGCGACUGGGCGGUGGGUACCGCAGCGUCCACCAGGACCUGGAUAUGCCCGCUGACCUGGCCGGGUUCUACCGCAAGCUGGACCUCAUCCGCUCCGUGGCCACACGAGAGGUGGUCACACGCAGCGUCAGCACCGACGUGUAG